UUAAAAAAAGUGUUUAAUGUUGUGGAGCCUGUAGAGUUUGUUCUAGAUCAAAAAAAUUGCAGGUCCUUUCAAUAUAUCCCAUUACUGCGAUCGUUGCAGCAGAUACUUGAUUCUACUGAAGUGUUGAAUAGAGUUAUUGAUACCCACAGAACACAGAGCAGUAACACUGACCAGCCUGAAAACCAGCAGUAUCGCUCCAUAAGAGAUGGUGUGUACUUCAAGGAAAACCUGUUCCUCUCAAGUGAUGAUUUAAAACUUUGUUUAACCUUAUACAUUGAUGACUUUGAAUUGUGUAAUCCUUUGGGCACGUCACGAAAGAAGCACAAGUUGUGUAGUGUAUAUUGGAUUCUGAAUAACUUGGCACCAGGCUCUCACUCAGCACUCACCUCAAUUUAUUUGGCAGUUUUGUGUAAGAGUGACGAUGUAAAGGCAUAUGGAUAUGAAAAAAUUUUGGAGCCACUUUUACAUGAUCUUGUUACACUAGAAGAGCAUGGUGUGUUCAUUCCAAAGCUUGGAUCUUUUGUCAAAGGAACAGUGCAUAGUGUAAUUGCUGAUAAUUUGGGCGCCCACGGUUUGGCUGGUUUCAUAGAGAGCUUUUCUGGGCAAUAUAUUUGCCGAUUUUGUACUGCUCAGAAAGUAGAAAUACAGUCAAAGGAUGUUCAUUCAGGUGCUUUUUGUCUACGAACCAAAGAAAUACAUGAAGCACAUCUGAAGAUUGCACAGGAUACUCAAAAGAAUUGCUUUGGAGUGAAGAGAGCUUGCCCUUUAACUAAACAUCUUCAACAUUUUCACGUCGGCACAGGCUACCCCCCAGAUAUAGUACACGAUUUGUUUGAGGGCAUUGUCCCAUUUGAACUAGCACUGUGUUUGAGCAUUCUGAUCUCGAAGAAGUUCUUCAGUUUGGAUUCUCUUAACACGCGUAUACUCAAAUUUCCUUAUAAGUGGAGUGACAAAAAAAAUCGGCCUCACAUCAUACCACUUGCCUAUUCCAGUAGGAAAACGAUAGGUGGCAACUCCCAUGAAAAUUGGUGCCUCAUACGUUUCCUUCCAUUUCUCAUAGGGGACCUUAUACCAGAGGGUGAGCUGGCUUGGCAAGUGAUACUAGACCUGAAGGAAAUCGUAGAGUUGGUUGUGGCACCUGUUCACACGCACGAGACCAUUGCGUACCUUGAUGUCAAAGUGUCUGAGCACAGACACAGGUUGCUUGAGCUUAUCCCAGCACCAUUUUGGGGCGUUCCAGUUGACAUUGUCACCAGGAAGAGAGGUUGCCCUUGUUCAGCUUGAGGAGCUUACGGAUUACUGUCCACUUGUGGCCUACACAGUCGGAUCCAGACGUAUGGUGACCCUGAAGAGACACAUCGUCAUUACAGAUUAGCAAAGCAGGAUGGCAGCACGAGUAACCUUCAGAGUCCUCUUUGGAGGUGAAGAGGAUGCAAGAAAACUCUCCAUUGAAUCCGGAAUACCAAGAACUGUGGAGGACUUGGCUCUUAAAAUCAAGACUUUCUUUGAAGUGACUGAGAAGUUCAGACUUCAGUACAAAGACAAAGACAUGGAUAAUCAGUUCAUGAAUCUCUUGUCAACAUCAGAACUUGAAGAUAAAGGGACUUUGAAAGUGGUGUACAUGCUUUGUGAGACAACCAGGUCCGCUCCACUCACGGAAGAUGCCUGCUGCACAAUCCCAGGUACUCCUUCCAAAGCCAGCUCUUCAUCAUUAGAACCAAAUGAUUCAGACUCCCACUCCAGCAAUGAUACCAUCGUCUUGUCAUCGCCUGAGACCCGGUCCUGCCCCUGGCCUAGACCCUUUGUCGUGCCCCGCUUCUCAUCCUGUGCUGAGAUUAUGCUCCAGAAAGGAAAUGAUGAGUUCAAGGCACAGGGAACUGUUCUGUGUCCUACGCCGAAAGUACGCUCAGAUAUCCUUGAAGGCCUAGCUGAGGAAAUAAUAAAGCACACAGCUUACCCAAGGGAUGAGCAAUUAGAGGAAGUGGCAAAGGCUCUGAUACAGUCACAUCCAUGUUUACUGGAAAAAGCAACACGAACUGGAUACUGUGGCUGGAAGCAUUACCUGAAGAUAAAAAUGAUGAACUUCCGCACCAAGCUGAGCCGAGCUGGACACCCCGAGGUUGCCAUCAACUCUCUGAAAAACAAGCGAAGUGGCCAGCAGUCUCCAGCAGCCAACAUCAAGAAGCCCAGGAAGGGAGAUGUAAAUUUCUGUCCGAACAUCCCUAGUGGUGAAACAAUACACAGUUUGGAGAUGGAAAGGGUGGCUCUACUGAUGGAGGUAAAAAAGAAGAAAAGGGAUGAGGCCCUCAUCAAGGAAAAGAUGCAGCGUACAUUCUCCCUCAGGAGACAGGAGGUUCUCCAGGAGCCAAAGAUUCCAGAGUUUUUCAAUAAAUGGCCAGCACUCUUUGACGUCAUUGAGAUCAACUUGGAGUUUAUGCGGCUGACAACUGUACCACUGACCUUAACAUUUUUGAGGGAACUGGACCGCCUGACCGGCGACCUGAUCAGGGUUUUCAACACUAAAGGGGGAGCUGCAGGGGAAAAAAUCGGAGCCAUGAUGGCAAAGAUGGAGAAUAAUCAAGACAUCAACGUGAGGCGUGAUUGCGUUUUGAGAUGUCUCAGCAUCUACCUCUGUGAAGACCUGGACACAUUGGUCAAAGAAUACGUGGAAGUAAAUCCAAAUGGUCCGGAGGGGCCUGAGGUGAAGAGACGGGUCCUGGCACCUAAGCGUCUCCCAUCUGCCAGCAACAAUUCUGCCCCAAACACGAAGGAUGCAUGUUGUGGACUCUCAGCUUAUGAGCUCCAACGCCUGAAGAACAUCGGGGAGAGGGAAGCCUUCUUUUCGUCCUUGAUGUUAUUGCAAGCAGCUGAGGAUCUGAGGCAGACUAUAAAGCCAAAGCCGGAUGUGAAGAGGUCAAAUGCUUCGUUGGAUAAAGUGCAGUCUCUUCUGUCUUCCCGGAAAUCCUUGCGUCUUAAGGAAGCACAAAACCUUAGCCUCAGAGUAGGACGAACCUAUGAACAUGACAUCGAAUGCAGUGAGGCCGAGGCAGAUGUCGCAGGGACAACCAUGGCAAUCUACACCGUUCAAGCUGAGGGUGAUGAUCAUGAUGGUCCUGGUGGACUCUUUGCAGAUGUCGGUAUGGUCCUGGAAGGGGUCCAAGUUCUCAACAACCUCCAAAGUAUCAACCAUGCAUGCAUAAUGCUUUAUGGGUUGGUCUAUGCUCUUAAUUUGAGCUAUCCAAAAAACUUGAAGUAUACAUUCGAAGCUUACCAGAAGAUCCUGAUGGACCUGGAAUCGUCCAAGCCUUCAGCCAAAGUACGAGCACUGAAACUCAAAUUGCUCAGGUGACUCUUUUUUUGGGGUGGGGUGGUGAUGGGAGGAGGAAGUACAGGAAGAGACCUAUGUUCUACUACUAUAUGUUUAAUGUUGUUGAGCCUGAAGAGUUUGUUCUGUCCUUUCAUAUCCCAUUACUGCGAUCGUUCCAGCAGAUACAGAUGUAAGGAAUGUUGUUGAGCCUGUAGUUUGUUUGUUUGUUCUAGAUCUAGAAAAAAGAGCAGGUCCUUUACUGCCAUUGUUGGAGCAGAUACUAACUUGCCUCUGUUCUAUUGCAAUUACAAAACAUGUUUCAUGUUCCAUCUAUAGCAGUAGAUUACUUGGUUGAAGAGCUACACUACCUGCUGAGUACAGUGUCUGUGUGAAGAGAAGCGUUAAUAAAUUAGUUGAAUCAACAA